GGAAUGAGUCAUAUAGUGGAGGGUGGAGUGCAGGGGUUAGCAGGUGAAGGUGAGUUUGAAGAGGUGGGUUUUGAGGAGAAAUGAAUGGAUAACAUUAAUCUCAACAUUACAGCACCCAUCACCCAGGCAACUGAUCAUGUUUUGAUAUAUUUUUCGUCAAAGCUGAACUAAAGAGGAAGCUGAUGGAUAAGAACUUCAUACAACAUUGUUUUGCUUUAUUGUAGGCCUGAGAUACAGUGAAAUAGCUUCUGGCAAACUCAACAUUAAUUUUGUGCAUAGGUAUUAGGGUUGCUAGGUUUCCAGAGCAGCGUUGUAUGUCUGUGGAUUAGCAGCUAUACAAAACAUUGCCAAACACGGCUUGAGUUUAGAGGAUUGCCUUAACACAACCCACUUCGGUAACAUAUGAUGAGAUAUUAAUGUCUAUUAUAGCAAACACUGCCAUCAUAGAACAAUGCCACAAACUGUCAAUCGACUUUAUUUUAAAAAUAACUUGUUAUUGGAAUGUUGGUUGCCGCUCAUUUCUCUGAUGUCACAAUAUUCAGUUCUUGAGUCCUGUUAGUAACCGUGUGUAGGAGCAUAAAUGUCACUUAAAUACAACUAGAGACCUAUGUUGAGAGCCAGAAGAGAAACCUGCACCUCAGAUAUAAACAGUAAAAGUUCUCAAACUGGAAGCAAAGAUGUCCGUGUAUAACGAGCUUCGUCUGGAACAAGAGCUUUGUGACGCGGUGGUCAGAGUGGACAGCGUUGAAUUUCCCGUGCACAAGAUCAUCCUCUGCAACUGCAGCCCGUACUUCCAAGCCCUCUUCACCCACUGGUCGACCCCAGACAGUCAGGUCUUUGACAUUUCCAACGUGUCACCUGACAUCAUGAAGCUCAUCAUUGAGUUUGCCUACACAGACUCUGUUCCUGUGACACAAGAAAAUGUAGAAGAGCUUUUCAUAGCAGCCGACCAGUUCAUUGUAGAGGGCAUAGUUCAAGCCUGCUGCUCCUUCCUGGAGGAGUACCUGUCCCCAGAGAACUGCAUCAGCAUCUGGUGGUUCACAGACGUCUAUUACGCCCCCGAACUGAACCGCAAGGCCUUCCUUUACACAAUAGCUCACUUUAAGGAGGUUGCUUCCACCUCAGAAGAGUUCCUGCUGCUCUCUGUGCAAGAACUGGUUAAAAUCAUUGAGAAUGACCAACUCAAUGUCAAGGAGGAGAAGACGGUGUUCUGGGCCAUCCUUCACUGGAUUGCCUACGCAACUGAGGAACGCAGAGAAUACAUCUCUCUGCUUUUGUCCAACGUCAGGCUGGCUUUAAUGAGUCCAACAUUCAUCACAGAAGUCGUGAGAAACAACGAACUGGUGCGGGCAAGUAAAGAGUGUCGACCAAUUCUCACCAGGACGCUGGCGACCAUGCUGGACCUCCAAACAGAGAUGUGGCCCGGCUCAUCUUUGCUUAACACUUUGGGCCGCCCACGACUGUCCCCUGCCAUCCUGUUGGCUAUUGGAGGCUGGAGCGCUGACAGACCCAUCAGUAGCAUCGAGGCAUACGAUGUCCGUGCUAAUUGCUGGGUCAAUGUACCAAGCAAUGGGGAGACUCCUCGGGCCUACCAUGGCGCAGUUUUCCUCGAUGCAUCAGUGUACUGUGUCGGUGGCUUUGACAAUGUUGAGCAGUUCAGAUGUGUGCACCGGUUGGACCUGGGCACGCACACCUGGCAGGAGGUGACACAAAUGCAUUCGAGGCGCUGCUAUGUCAGUGUUACUGUGAUGCACGGGUGCAUAUAUGCCAUGGGAGGUUAUGAUGGACAUCUUCGACUCAGAAGCGCUGAGCGCUAUCAGCCCAGAAUCAACCAGUGGACUAUCAUUGCGCCUAUGCAUGUGCGGAGGAGUGACGCCAGCAGCACUGCCUUCCGUGGAAAAGUGUACAUUUGCGGUGGCUUCGAUGGGAGUGAGUGCCUGUCAACGGCUGAAUAUUACAACCCAGAGACCAACCAGUGGACACUGAUUGCCUCCAUGGACAACGUACGCAGUGGACUUGGGGUCAUUGACUAUAAAGACCAUGUCUUUGCAGUUGGCGGUUUCAAUGGAACCAGCCGCCUGGACACUGUUGAGGCCUACAACCCCAACACCAACACCUGGCACGCUGUGCCCUCCAUGUUGAACUCCCGCAGUAACUUCGGCAUCGCAGUGAUCGAUGACCGUCUCUUUGUUGUGGGAGGCUACCAAGGCUUGAACACCACCCUUGAGGUCGAGUGUUAUGAUGCUAGCGAGUGGUCUUAUGUCAGGGACAUGGCGAUCUCCCGCAGCGCCCUGAGCUGUUGCAUGUUGUACGGACUCCAUAACUUGGCCGAGUACUCUGCCCCUCACCAUACCCUGCAAUCUUCCAAUAGAGAGGAAGAUGAAAUGGAACAAUCCACCUGACUAUGAGCUGUAUUGUUGUGUAAAUAAAUGUCUAAAUGCAUC